UCCAAGUGUGGCCUUGUUGGAGUUAAAUCUUUGUGACCUGGAGAUGAUCUGGACUCAUGGUGAAGUCUUGUCAGUGUUUCCGAGCUCUCCGUCGCUGCCUGAAUCUCCUCUGAACGCUCAGUUUAAGAAGAAGGAACCCAGUCAUCCUAAAAAGAAAGGAGGAACAAAGGAGCAGCCUCUGGUUUUCCACACUAAAGUGAAGUCAUCUGGAUACACCACUGCCCCACGAAGUCAUAUGUUCUCACCCAAAACAAAUAUUCAGAAGAAUCCUUCCUCUAAGACGGCUAAAAAAAAUACAGGAUUACUUCUCAGAGAUUAUCCAGCAGACAAGGCAGCACCCACGAUUCCACACAGUCAUCUCACCAUCACUGACAAACCAGUCAACUGCCUUCAUUAUUCAGGUGAUGGAAAACACAUCCUGUGUGGUCUUGGCGACAGCUCAGUGUUACUGUACAAGUCAUCCCUUACCGGCAAUCCAGCUGUCUUCACAGGCCAUGAUAAACCAGUGAGCAGUGUUAGCUGGAGCCUCAGCAGACAGUGCUGGUUGAGUGCGUCAGAGGACCGGUCACUUCGAAUCUGGGCCGAUGGCAGCACAGAACCUGCCAUUAUCAUGGGUAGCAGCUCAUUCUCCAAACCCAUAAGAGGUGCUCAGUUUUACUACCUCGACAAAUUUCUGCUUUUUGCAUCAGGACCCUCUCUGUACUUGUACCUGUAUGAUGUGGACACCACACACGAUGACAUCAAGAGAUAUCAGCAGCGGAGUGCCGUCAAAUUGGUCAAGCACUUUACAACGGCAUCAUCAACAGACAUCACAGCCUUGUCUGCUGUCAACGAUUUCCUCUCUUACAUUGUCCUGCUGUGUGGUUCAGAUCGAUCCAUUCAGGUAUUUGAUAUGAACAGGAGCACAGUUGCCUCACAGCUGCUCGAUGCCCACAGCCGAGCUGCGCACUGCAUUUCACAGAACAAGGGCUCCAUGUUCAGCACACAGGCACCAGACUCAUGCAACCUCUUUCUCACCAGUGCAGUCACAGAUGGUGUGAAGAUUUGGGACCUCCGCACACUUAGAUGUGUACGCCGUUAUGAGAACCACGUAAAUCGCUGCCAUCCGUGCUCCUCAGCCAUCUCGCCGUGUGGGCGCUUCAUUGCGACAGGCUCCGAGGAUAACUCUGCCUACGUGUAUGAUGUCCGAAGCAGCAGCUUUCUACACAAACUCCAAAAACACUCAGACACGGUGCUCAGUGUGACGUUUAACCCUGCCACACCAGAGCUGCUGACUGGAACGCUGGAUGGAAAGCUGAGACUGUUUCAGCCCAGUAGUGGGGCCCUUCUGUCUCAUGACACCAGUGCUGCUGUGCAUAGUAUCCCCAACAUGACUGGGUAAUUACAGCAGGCUGCUGCAAGGACCAUGCAGGUUUGGUUAAAGCAGGACCAGCCCCCUGGCUAGGAUUUCACUGGGAAAGGAGACACACAGUUAACACAAUACCUUUGUUUUUUGCUGUUUGACCACUCAUUCACUUUAAAAAGUUGCACUCUUGUGUGAUCUGCUUUUUCAUACAAACAAAUGUGUCACCCAUUUCAGCGCGCUCAUCUUUGUUUAACUCCCAGUGUGUGCAUCAUCAGACCACUUUUACUUUUCACUGGGAUCCAAAGAGAUGUCAGUGUUUUGAUUGAGUAUCAUUCACCAAUUCCACCACAUUAUCCACAUUAUCGUGAUGCAACAUUUGGUCAGUUGCAGAUAAUUGCACCUAACAUAGGUCUAGAAUCAGAUUUUGUUUGCUCAGUAUGAGGAACAUAUUUUACUUUUAUAUUACUGCGUACUGUGAACAGUACUUAGCAGAUCGGCACACAAAGCGAUGACAUCAACUGGGUGCAACCAUUUAGGCUGCCAGACACACAGACGUUACUACUGUUCAUACUGACACACCCAUCCUCAUUGUUUGAGCUCUACAUUUAGUCCUCUUUGUCUUCUCUACAAAAUUUCACUUACACCUGAAAUAGAACAGAAUAAAAAUCUGGGAUUAUGACAAUGUGAAAUGUAAGAUUUACGUUGUUGUCAGUUUUUUUAAUAAAGCAUAAAUA